AUGAAUUUUCGCUCGUAUCGUGGUCGUCCGUACCUUAGAUGUUUGCAGUUAAAAGCUGUCGAAGACACUAUUCUUCCCAAGGUUCACGUUCCUCGUAUCAACAAAGAAGUCGUAGAGAUUUGUGAAAAAGCUCGUGACUCUCGUUAUGCCGGUUGGGAACACGAACCAGUUGGAUAG